AUGCGGGUGUCCCUGGGGCCCGUCCCGCUGCUCCUGCUGCUCGCUGCUGUCCCUGCACACACCGCGCUGAAGGUGACCCCAGCCGUGCUCUACACCAAGCCCAAACCCUCCCAGGCGGCCGUGCCGGGGAAGAUCUCCCCUCUGCCAGGCAGGGCCGAGCUCCCCACGCUCUUCCCCCUGGAGAACUCCACGCUGGACUCGGCCGAGUUCUUCUUCAACUGCUGCGAGUGCUGCGCGCCGGCCGGGCCGCGCGGCCGCCCGGGGCCGCAGGGAGCCCCAGGUCCCAAGGGGGAGAAGGGAGAUGCUGGGCUGCCAGGGCUGCCGGGAGCUCCUGGCCCUCAAGGUCCAAAAGGCUCUAAAGGAGACAGAGGAGGAAAAGGGGAGCAAGGGGAGCGAGGAGCGAGUGGGAGCCCCGGUUAUCCAGGGAAACCUGGGCUGCAAGGUGAAGCUGGAGCCAAAGGCAAUAAGGGCAACUACGGCUUCCCUGGCCUGAAGGGACAAAAGGGGGCUAAAGGGGACACGUGUGACAACGGCACCAAAGGAGACAAAGGGGACAGGGGGGACCCCGGAGAGCCGGGAGCGGGCGGAGAGCAGGGGGACAAGGGAGAAAAGGGGGACACGGGGGAAAAGGGGUACUGUGGGGAGCCGGGGGGCAGAGGGGCCAAGGGGGACAGAGGGGAAGGGGGCAGCAAGGGGGAAAAGGGCAGCAAGGGGGACACGGGCGCCGAGGGCACGCGGGGGGCGGCCGGCAGGCAGGGGGAGAAGGGCGAGCAGGGCCGCAAGGGCGACAAAGGGGAGCUGGGCCCCGCGGGGCCCAAGGGCGACGCCGGCGCCAAGGGCGGCCGGGGCGCCCCGGGCAGGAAGGGCUCCCGCGGGGCCAAGGGCGCCCGUGGGGACAUCACCAAGGCCCCGCGCUCGGCCUUCAGCGCGGGGCUGUCCAGGCCCUUCCCUCCUCCCAACGUGCCCAUCAGGUUUGACCGCGUGUGGUACAACGAGCGCCGCGACUACGACCCCGCCACCGGCAAGUUCAACUGCAGCGUGCCCGGCGCCUACGUCUUCUCCUACCACGUCACCGUGCGCGGCCGCCCCGCACGCCUCAGCCUCGUGGCCAGCAGCAGGAGGGUGGCCAAGGCCAGGGACACCCUCUACGGCCAGGACAUCGACCAGGCCUCCUUCCUGACCAUCCUCAAGCUGAGGGUGGGGGACCAGGUGUGGCUGGAGGUUGGGAAGGACUGGAACGGGCUCUACGCCGGCGCGGAGGACGACAGCGUCUUCACGGGGUUCCUGCUCUACCCGGAUGGUUUUGAGGUCCUUCUAUGA